GGUUGCACGGAUACGCAGUGGCAAAAAGCAAUUGAUUUUUUCCGUCGCCCAGAAAUUACGAAACGUUCUGUGGUCAACAAGGAAAAUAGAAAGAAAUUGAAAGAGCUUAGCUAUGGAGGUUCUCAGUCAAUCCCAGCCUUACGCUAUAAAAAGCGCAAUUUAGAGACUGGGCAACUUGAGUCCAUCCCGGAUAGCUGGAUGGAUACUCACCAUAAAUCAGGCACAGGGUGGGUGACAGAGACAGCAAAAAAUACUUGGGAGGAAUUGCGUGCAUACCGCGACACACAGCAGACACAGGCAAUUGAUACUGAGAGUUCCACACCAGUUUCGAGUGCGCCUGAAGAUGAAGACAUAUCUUUGGUACAAAAUGUCUUCGGAAAACGACGGGGCCACCAGAAAGGAUAUGGACGUAUCCUUAACAUAAGGGACCGAACUCCAUUUGAUUUUCGUCCUUCACAAACUAGAGAUGAAGAGUUUUCUGAGAUGAGAGAGCGUCUUCGACAGUUAGAGGAGCAUGUCCGGACUCAUUGUAUCACCCCGGGAUCUCAAUCUGCCCCACCACCACCACCCGAUGAUCCUGAUGUUGGAGCACCGACUCAGUAGGACUUAUGUAUGAAUUUUAUUACAAUUGACUAUUACAUUAUCAUGUUUAAGACAAGUCUUUAUUUUAAUUCAACGAAUACACUCUUAUGUUUUUUUUUAUAUCUUUAAUAUAAGUGUUUUAAUUUUA